AUGGCCGGGAAGGUGCUGCCCCUGCUGCUGCCGUGGCUGCUGCUGGCCGCCGCGGGCCUCGCUGGCCUGCUGCUGCUGUGCGUCUCCACCCGCGACGUCCAGGAGCCUGCAGCCUUCAAGUACGGCAUCGUCCUGGACGCUGGCUCCUCCCACACGUCCAUGUUCGUGUACAAGUGGCCAGCGGACAAGGAGAAUGGCACCGGCAUUGUGAGCCAGCACAGCUCCUGCCAUGUUCCAGGUGGGGGCAUCUCCAGCUACGCCGACAACCCCGCCGGGGCCGGCCAGAGCCUUGUGGGAUGCCUGGAGCAGGCACUGCGUGAUGUGCCCCGGGAGAGUCACGCGGGCACACCCCUCUAUCUGGGAGCCACGGCCGGCAUGCGCCUGCUCAACCUGAGCCAUCCGGAGGUCGCGGCCCAGGUGCUAGCCGCCGUGUCACAGGUGCUGGCACGGUUCCCCUUUGACUUCCGCGGGGCACGCAUCCUCUCUGGCCAGGACGAGGGCGUGUUUGGCUGGGUGACAGCCAAUUACCUCCUGGAGAACUUCAUCAAGUACGGCUGGGUGGGCCGCUGGUUCCGGCCCCGGAAGGGGACGCUGGGGGCCCUGGACCUGGGCGGGGCCUCCACACAGAUCACGUUCGAGACGGCGGGCCCGGUGGAGGACCCUGCUGGUGAGGUCCACCUGAGGCUCUACGGCCAGCACUACCGAGUCUACACGCACAGUCACCUGUGCUAUGGCCGCGACCAGGUCCUGCGGAGGCUGCUGGCCCAUGCCCUCCAGACCCACAGGCUGCACCCCUGCUGGCCCCGCGAUUACUCCACUCGUGUGCUGGUGGGGGACGUGUUUCAAGCGCCCUGCGUGCAACAGCCCCCGCCCUUCAACACCAGCGAGGAGGUGGUCCUGCAGGGCUCCGGCAGCCCGGCCCUCUGCCGCGCCCUGGUCUCCCGGCUCUUCAGCUCCCCUCCCUGCGGCUUCUCCCGCUGCUCCUUCGACGGCGUCUUCCAGCCCCCUGUGGCUGGUAACUUCAUAGCCUUCUCAGCCUUCUAUUACACCGUGGAGUUCCUGAAGUCACAGCUGGGGCUGCCGCUGGCAACCCUGCAGCAGCUGGAGGCCGCGGUGGAGACGACCUGCAACCUGACCUGGCCACAGCUGCAGACCCGGGCGCCCAGGCAGCGUGCCCGCCUGGCCGACUACUGCGCAGUCGCCACGUUCGUGCAGCAACUGCUGAGCCGCUACGGCUUCGACGAGCGCUCCUUCGGCGGCCUGGCCUUCCAGAAGCAGGCCGCGGACACAGCGGUGGGCUGGGCGCUUGGCUACAUGCUGAACCUCACCAACCUGGUGCCCGCCGACGCGCCGGUGCUGCGCAAGGCCACGGCUCCCGGCGCCUGGGUCGCUCUCCUCCUGCUCUUCGCCGCCGCGCUCUUGGCCGCGCUGGUCCUGGGGCUGCGCCAGGCGCGCGCCGCCAAGUCGCCAAGCGCCCUCUAGGGUCGGGGACCCCGCUGGCGGAACGCCGGGGUGGGCUUUGGGGGUCCCCGCACUGCACCGCACCUGCAGCGACC